CUGACCUGACGUGUCACGAUAAGUUCCUCUUCUGACUCAUCUAACCUGGAGGCCGACUCGAGCUUCCCUCCUCUAUCUCAGGCGGUAUGGCAUCUCCGAGUCUCCUCCUCCUCCUCCUCCUCCUCCUCCUCCUCCUCCCCAGGGAACAUUUCGGAGGACGAUGACGUGGUCCGCGUUUCUUCGGACGGAAUUGGUUCGGACCCUGAUUUUUGUUCAGCCUGACCAAGGAAACUUUGCGAUGCAGGCCGAAAAGCAAAAGAAAAAGAAGAAGAAGAAAACCUCCCCGAACAAAAAGAAACCCAAACGUAUCAAAAGAAUAGGGUUCACGCUGACACUUCCCCUCCUACAAUGAAACGGCGCCUUUAGUCAUGAACCUCAAAUCCCCCUUCUGCCAAGGGUCGCGGGAGCUAUGCCACCGCGUGUUGACUGUCCAAGGCCACUUCAUUCUGCAACUUGGCAUUGGAUGAACGCCCUAUUCACCGAAUUGACGAGACUUGGCCGAAAGGACAGACUUGCUGCGGCGUUUCUUCAUC